AUGGAAGUUUCUUUUGGUACCACUUUGUUAAAACGAAUCUCAAGAUAUCGUCAUGGUCGACUUAUACUUGGCCUUAUAUUCAUAAUUAUAUUUGUUAAUGUCACACAUUUCUCAUUUUACAGUUCCUACAUAAGCGAACAUGUACCCUGCGCAAUUGCUGACUCCAGCAGAAAUCAAGAGAGCCAACAGGUGAUUUUAUCUCUCGCAUCCUUUGAAAAAUCGAUACAAAGAAAGCUCAAUGAGAUUCGACGUGAUCCUGGAAGGUAUCCUAUGGCAGUCACAGACGAAAUUGACGAGGAGAUCCAAGUGGACUUAACACCUUUUAUGAAAGAGUCCGAAGAUGAGAACAGUUGGGCCAACCGGAAUGACCUAUUUUAUGAUCCCAGAUUCACUUUGUCGAUGUAUUUGAAUCAAUUAAAAUUAAAAUAUGAGGAGAUGAAUGAAAAACGGAAGAGAGAAGAAAUUAUUUUGCCUUUUCAUUGGGCUGACUGGAUAGAUUUAACAACCUUAAAUGGUGAUUUGUCAAAACCGUUAGAUUCAAGGAUGAAUUGUGCGGAAGUUCAAAAGGCAACGUACAGGAAUCCAGAUCCAAGUUAUUUCUGUUUAGACAAUUCAAUGGUACUGUUGGAGGAUGUAGAAAGAUAUGGUUUUAAAUCCCGCUCUCAGUUGCCCGGUGUUAUAAUUUAUGAUCAUUGUAGUCAUAACCAUCGCCCGUUUAAUGAUUUCCGAGUCUUGCAAGCAAAGUCAUAUGCCAUGACUCAUUUGAAAAAGCCCAUUAGCAUCAUACUCUUAAACGGGGACAAUGGAACUUAUGAAUUUCAAGUUGACCAAGGGGCGAAUCAGCGAUUAGCCAGCUCUACAAUUGUGGAUGACUUUGCCAAAUCCAAUAGACUCAAAAAUUUGAAAACGGCAACAUUAAAUCAUCUAAAAAUAUGGAAAGAAUUAAAAUCCAUCAUCGAACCGACCAAUUUGGAUCUUGAUGAUCCUGGUCGAGAAAUAUCUGCAAAGAUUGAAGCCCAUAAGAACGAUCGAACCAAAUUGAUCGAGUUCCCAUUAACCAUGGAUAUGUUUAGUCAUCCUAUGCCCGUAGAUGAACAAAUAGUGCAACUUGAGCUUAAGCGAGACUCGCAAGGAUUGUCGCCACGUGAAGCGGUGUACUACGAUGGUUUGAAAGAUUGCGCAAAUUAUCCGGAUCUGGAAGAAAAGCAAGAAUAUAGAUACUUCCGACUGCCUGUUAUUCGUGUAGGAGAUAAACGUAAUCAUGCAAAAGAUAUGGGAUGGCAUUACGACUGGAGAUUCUUCAAUGGCGCAUUACAAUAUAAUAGAGAAGGCUGGACGCAAGAUCAAUUAACCCAUCGUGCAAAUAUUAUCCUAGAUCGAUUAUUGAGAACGUGGUACAGGUUUGCGACGCAGAAGGGUUUCAUAAGUUGGAUUCAACACGGCCCUGUUUUGAGUUGGUAUUGGAAUGGAAUGAUGUUUCCUUACGAUAUUGAUGUAGACAUUCAGAUGCCGAUGUCGGAAAUGUUACGUCUUGGUAAGGACUACAAUUACACACUUGUAGUUGAAGACCCAAGUGAAGGAUAUGGAAAGUACUUGAUUGAUGUGAGUCCUUAUAUAUAUCAUCGACAGCUUAGCAGGACAGCAAAUCACAUUGAUGCGAGGUUUAUCGAUGUAGAUUCGGGCAUUUAUAUAGACAUCACUGCACUAAGCAGACUGAAGUCAGAAUUGCCCCGUGGAUUAUGGGAAACUGGGAUGGGUCAAUUGAGGAAGAACAAGAAGGAGAAUAAUGGUGAGGUUGAAAUAUAUAAUGACCGAAGAAAGCAUUUUUAUUCAUUUGACCAGUUGAGUCCAUUGAAAUUUUCUAUGCUUCAGGGUGUUCCAGUUUUCGUGCCACCCAAGAUUAUAUUUAAAUUGGUAUCCGAAUACGGCGAGGGGUUACACAAGUACGAGUUCCAUGGAUGGUAUUUCAUAUCCCAACUAAAUCUUUGGAUCCAUAAACGUUAUUUGAUUCCUCUUUUCAAAGAUGAAGAAAUUACACAAGAUGGUAAAUUGCAAGCGGAAAAAUUAUUAGACAAAGUCAUUACAAUGACAUAUGACCAAGUUUUGAGAUUAUUGGAUAAUGAAGAUAUUUUGGUUGAAUAUUAUUUGACUAAGCAUCUCACCGAUUUACAUUCUCAAGAAAUGAAAUAUUUAUUUACUCGCCACGGGGGAGAUAAUUUGUGGUUAAGCAAGGACGAGGCAAACACGAAGGAGUACAAUGAAUUAACUAAAGAAUUCAAGAUAAGGAAACCUUUGAGAAAAUCAUUAUACUACUACGAAAAUAUCGAAAGAUCGAGGCUUGCCGAACAGGUGAACAGGUUGUAG